AUGCAACCUCUCUACGAGGGCCCCAAAGCCAACGCUAUGCUGGCGGAAGGCUCGCCAAAACGGGCCAUCGCCCAGAAGAUUGCCAAGUCAAAGCCCAACUCUUACCAGAGGCUUGCUUUGAUUCUGGACCGUACCUCAUGGCUACCACGCAAACUCCCCAAGGAUGCCACUUCAAUCAAGGGGAUAUUCAACAUGGCAUAA